AUGAUCGAGACCAGCGAAAUUCUGGAUCUGAGCGACGAAGAGUUCUCCGACCGGUCUAGCGAUGGGCAGCAGUAUCAGCAUCAUCAACUUGAUGUGGUUGUCAGAUCGCCGGGGCGUCCCCAAAACCAUCAGCUACAGCAGCAGUCCGGAACACCCCCGACCCCCGGCGCCUUUUCUCGAGUUGCUCUUCAUGAUGCUGAACUCAUAGAAAUGACUUUCAAGGAAGAACCCAAUGCUAACUCCUUGCUGGACUCUGAAUACAAGGAUGUCAAACUUGGAUUUGAGGAGCCCUGUCCUGUGUGUGGUGAUAAGGUUUCUGGGUAUCAUUAUGGCCUUCUUACCUGUGAAAGUUGUAAAGGGUUUUUCAAGCGCACAGUUCAGAACCAGAAAGUCUACUCUUGUGUAGAUAAUAGGAAUUGCCAGAUAGACAAAAGUCAGCGGAAACGAUGUCCUUACUGCCGGUUCCAGAAAUGUCUCAGUGUUGGCAUGAAGUUAGAAGCGGUAAGAUCGGAUCGCAUGCGGGGUGGCCGCAACAAAUUUGGACCCAUGUACAAAAGAGACAGGGCCCUAAAGCAACAAGCAGCGAGGCAGGCUCAGGUCAUGCAUGGUUCCUGUGCUGAUCUAUCACUACUGACCAAUGGUUUAAUGACCGGGGGCAUCCCAGAGUCUCCUGAAGACAUCAAGCCAGAUCCUGUGAUGCUUCAAGCUAGUCUCAACUUGUAUACAGGUGCCAUUUCUGCAACUACCUCAAACGUUGUCUCUGGGAUGAUCCCUGGCUUGCCGGGUUUGUCUGUGACAGCGGUGGCUCCAUCCUCUUCAAACAGUGUCCCUGUGCCUGCAGGCAGCUCUCCUCCUCCUCCUCCUUCUUCAGCAUAUCCUCAUCAUAUGUUACACACAGGCCACCAGCUGUCUCACCAGAACUUGUUACCGGUAUCCUCCUCUCCUCAGGGCUUUGGUCACAUCUCAGCCCUGAUUGUGUCACAACCUCAGAGCCCAAAGACCCACUACACACAGCAUCACCACAUGGGUGGCAGCCAGCACCACGUACCACAACACCACACAGGAAAUGGACCCUUAGACUGCGACAACACCAACCUCAAUUGCUACCAGUACCGCCAGGUGCCAUCACAUACUCAAGCCUUAUCUGAUUACCACAUGUCCCAUCACCGUGGCCACAACAACAACAAUAGCAGCAGCAGCGGCCUUGGUGGGCAUGAACCAAGCUACUCCGUAACAUCUCAAGCACACCCCAAGAUCAUUGACAGUCUGAAGAGUUUUCAGGAUCCGCUAGUUUCCAACAUGUCAGAACGUUCUUUGCUGUCACCACUAAUUGCUGAAAUUAAAGCAACCAUGGUAGAUGAAUCCGAGGUGAAGCAGAAGAUGCUGACAUUUAUGCAGAACGAGCUUUCACACAGUGACCUCAAUUUCUCCACGGAAAGCUUUCUGCCUGUGUUGUGUCGGAUGGUUGACCAGCUGUUGUUCUUGAUGGUUGAAUGGGCACGUAACUCCUCAUUCUUCAAGGAAAUUCGGGUUGAUGAUCAGAUGAAGCUGCUGCACAGUUGUUGGAGUGAGAUUCUUAUCCUGGACUUUAUCUACCGGCAGAUCCAUCAUGUGUGGGGCAAGGAGCUUCUGGUGCCCAGUGGUGAUAUUAUAGGGUAUGAGCUCUUUGAUAAGCUGGGCCUGGAAGACGUGAAAGCCAAGGUAUUUGAGCUUAUCAAGAAGGGAAGAGAGCUGAAGGUUGACUACCACGAGUAUAUGUGCCUUAAGUUUUUGAUCCUCUUAAACCCAG